AUGAAGUACCUCAGCUACACUCUGCUCCUCCUCCAGGCUCUGCUCCUCCCUGUCCAUGUUGCUUCUAGGAGUAUUCUUGAGAGGAAGAGCCGUUUGUCUUCGGAUCCUCACAGGGAGAUCGCAUGUGACAUCAGCGAGUCUAAGAUCGGGACUCAGCUAAUCUUACACGACAAGGGCGUCCAUGACAGUUCUAUCUUUUACAAGGCUAAGGGUUAUCAGCGAGGAAGCGAGCAUACUCUCCUGAGAAGUGUGAUGCUCACUAAGGAAGUGGUAGAUUUGCUGAAAGAAGCGAACGAGAAGAAUAUAUGUUCGACGCUAUUGGGUCAUUUCCACCUAGGACUGCACGAACUCAACAUAGAAAUGGCGGAUGCCAAGGCUUCUGGGAGAGCUUUUGGAUGCCCACUACCUGGGAAAUCUGAUGAGAUAACCUGUGUUGUUCACUAUGCUGAGGAUUCCAGUGGUAGGCUCCUCACCUACGCCGAGAAAUUAUUCCUCAAAGAGCCCAAGCAUGCACUCGAUGCCGCAAAGACCUCCACGUUCACUGUCGAACUCGAGGACGAAUUCCAUGCGGGUUACCCCGAGGGCUGUACCUCAUUGGGUGCAGCGUCCAUCCGUCGCUGCAGGGAUCUAGGGGUGGCUUAUGCUUACGAUUUGGUCGAUCAGAGAUACGAAAUGCACAAGUCUACGCUAACUGUGAGUUGUUACCACAGUUUGCGUCUGGUGAUGGCAGUAGCGGUAACACCCAAGGAUUUCGCAGAAGUACAGUCACAACUCAGCUCGCGAGGGUCUGUCUACGAGAGGCAGAAGUAUCUCCGUGGUUUAGCAGUCUCUCACUCACGGGAGAACGUUGAUAAGCUUAUUGAUGAGCUCAUCAGUGAAGGAACUAGCGACAUAUCUAAGGCUAACUGGGCUCAUAGUAUAGCCCUCUUCCUGGCAACAGUCCUUCAAGAUGUCGAUACACUAGAGACCAUCGUCGCACUCACUCCAUCAACUAAGGUUCGUAUCAAGGCAGCAGAGACUCUAGUUAAAGACCUUCAUGCUAGUUCACAAUCUGUUGUACGCCGCCUUCUGCCGCUGAUAGUCCCCCGUCCUGGACCAACAGCUCGCAAGCUAAUCUUGAGGUAUCCACAGGCCAUGUUCGACUUCAUCACCACAUCAUACUCGGGAGAGACACUAGCAGUAGGGUAUGCUGCUGAAGUUGCAUGCUUCAUUCGGCAUCGUAUCAACAUCGAGCCUAACGCUGUCUCCCUACUAACUACCUACAUGGAUGCUAUCCUUGAUACAGGGAAGACUAAUAUGUACUGGAUUCUCGAUCGUGGGAUUAUGCCGAUCCUGGUAUUGUUGAUGGAAUAUGGCUACUCUAAGGAGGCUGUACAAUGGUUGAGGGCGAAGAGCAAGCGACGGCAGUUGUCGUACAAAGAUGAUCCAUGGAACAUAGCCAGUUGGGCAGCUCGUGAUUGGCCGGUAGAAGCUCUUGUAAGGGACUUAGGCAAGGAAGAGGCCUUUGCCCUGCUAGCCGACGUGGUGUCUCUGGAGUACAUGCAUACCCUUACUAGAAGACUGCCCGAUAAUGAUCUACGAUAUGAUCUUAUAGCAUUCAUGUGGCGCAAGGCAGUGAGCAGUAACAUCCCUCUGGCCCGCAUCCCUACAUUGGAUGUCUGUAUAGCUUUGAAAGGCAGGUUGGAGCUUCUGGGGCAAGUGGCUAUUCAGUGUUUCAAGUACUUUUCUGAUAGCAAGCAGUUCACCAAUGAUGAUCGUCGUUGGUCUUAUGUCGAAUACAUGCCCGCCACUGAGGCCGAUACGAUCCUUGCCGAUCGGCUAAAGAGCAGCGAUUCUUCUAAGAGAUCCUGGGCCUACAGCACUAGACUAAUGCAAGCUCUACACUACGAUAAGGAGGAGCAUCGACUGCCACAAGUAUUGGGUAGAACUGUGAAGGAGAUUGCCAAUGAACAAAACCCUGUGAGAGGUAAUGUGAUGGGAACAUUGUGUUAUCUGCCCAUGCCUCCAUUGUGUGGGCCGAAGAGUAACGACCCCCAUGCUGUAGUGGAGGCCAUCGAUGCGCUUGUUGCCAGCUUGAAUCGUUCCAAAGAGCAACUGAAGGGAUCAUCAAUAGUAGACCAAGGGAAGGAUCUUAUAGAGAACAUAAUAAGGAAUGCUCCGAUGGAGAGCGAGCUUUAUAAGGUUUGGGAGAAGGAGGUGAUGGAGGCCUUCGAUCGGCUACUCAAGAACGACAACACCAACAGAUCGGUUAUCAACGAUGGUUUCCUUAUGAACAUCCCUGGUAUACGCAAGGCAACUGUAGAGCACAUCCUACAGCAUUUGAGUGUUUUCCUAGAGGACAUCCUCCAGCGGAAGGAUAGCCUUACCAAGGAUCUCAUACAGGAUCUGAGAGCCAUAUUCCGUCUAGUAGGACGAUAUGGUAGCAGAGGGGAGGGUUUGAAAUUGUCCAUCAUACGUCCUAUCGUGGAUGAUAUCAUAGCGAACACUGAGAAGUAUACCUUCCAGCUACCUCGGCACCCAGCCGGGACCAUAGACAUGCUCAUCGAAAUACAGACGGACCUGGUGGAAUUCCUCACUGCACGGCCUUGGUCAAAGGAUAAGGAGCAGUGCUUGGAGAAGGUAGUCGCUGCUCGGCCUACCCUCCUUACAGACAAUGACGGCAUCUACCGUCUAGCACGGAAAAGGUUGCCAUCCAUCUUUAUAAAAAUUCCUGAUACCACUGAUGAUAGUAGUAAGGAGGGAGAGGAGAUGCUGAAACCACCUCGAUGCUAUAGAGGCUUCAGUGGUGGUCCUUAUCCUAAGGAGGACUUGGAUAUGAGCUGGUGGACGGAUGCUGAAGUUGCUGUGAUCGAUCGGAUGGUGGGAAAAGAGUUCAGCUUAGAAAGAGAGAAUAGGAAGAGCCUUAGUUACCGUACCAAUGACAACGCUGUGGUAGAUGAUAAGCAAAAGCGGCAAUACGACGAUGAUGAUACCCUCGCCUUGAUGGAAGUUGACUUGAAACUACUAUCAAGGAUGGAUACAGUGGACGCCGAGUCAGCUAAGGUAUUUCUAAGGCCGGAGCUCCUCACCACUGAUGCUGCUAGGACUGCUCCGUUCUGUCUGGCUAGAGUGGCGUCCACUACAUUGACUGAGGAUCAACUCUUCGACGAUUUCAUAGGAGCUACAUUUCGCAAAUCCUCUGGGACUGCAAUUAAAUUGACAGUACACAAGGAGUUAUGUCACGCUGCUGCAAGGUUCGGCUCUAUCGAUCGUCGGCAGUACUGGUUGAAGUAUCGUCUAUUCACUCGUGAUGGUGCCAGAAAGCAUGUUCAUAAGGAUAUUGUACAGGCCAUAGGAUCAGCAUUUAUACAUAACAUGCUCUGGUGUAGCGAUUGGCAAGUAUUGAAAACCUGCAUGGACAUGUCUAAGGAGGUCCCUGAUGCUCUCAGUAAAUACGUAGUUCCUCGUCCCACCGGCUAUCGACUAGACUCAUGCGAUACCACUGAGGCCCGUUGUCGGUACAUUAAAACGGUCCUACUACCAGUGUUUGGGAAUACCAUCGGUGAACAGGAUAUUGCCGACUCUUGCAUCACAGCAUUGGAAGCUUGGUCGGAGGGCAAGCCGGACAUUACAAAGUCUGCGGAGUCUGCUAUCGUUAUCGCGUUGAAGCGUAUUCUAACAGACAAGAAUUCUCCUUAUUCUCUCUUCAGUCGGGCUCUCGACUUGUUUUCCACUUACAUCUUGGAGGGUAGCACCUCUGCCUUGACUGCCUAUGUCGAGGCAUUCGAUUCUUUACUGGAGGGAUACUGGAAACCAGCGGUCAACAAGGACGAGCCUAUGAAUCCUGAUGAUGAUGAAGGGCAGAGGCUUGAGGCCCUUAUCAGAAGGUUCCUUCAGACCGUCCGUGCUCCAUUAGAAGUCGAAAACCUGAAGGCAACCCUCGGGCAUAUUGCUGAUGCCCUCGAGGGUGUUGUCGGUCUCGGGAGCUUAUGGAGUGAUGCCAGAAUACAGUACAUCCUUGCAGGCCGCUCUCCCAGCGAUCUCAAUGACGUGCUCCCUCGCAUUAAGGACCAUUUGGACACUGUUGAAGGCAAUCGCGAUGACCUAGUGUCCCAAUGUAUCAACACUAUCACCAAGUGGUUGGGCCCUGAGUUCCCGAUACCACAGGUGUCUGAAUUAGCCUCUAACAGUGACUAUAGGCUCAGGCUGCUUGCCGUGCAGUUAUAUAACACUCGAGAUAGCGACGAACGCUCGGCUGCUAUUACUGCCCUUUGGCGAGGUGGCCUUUGUAGAGACCCCAAGUUGGCAGUUCGUGAGGAAGCCUUCAGGGCUGUUACUCACUUGAGGAUGUUGUUGUUGUGA